ACUUCAAACACCCACUCCCUCCAUGGCUUACCUAUUGAGUCCAGUCAGAGCCGGCCGUCAUCCAUAUCCCACAACCAGAUCCACCUAUCGAGUCCAGUCAGAGCCGGUCGUCAUCCGCAUCCCACGACCAGAUCCACAUUUCAGUAUCAAGUUAUUUGGACACGGUCUGGUGUUUGACCCACCUGUGCUGUCAUUUGCGGAGUCAGCAGAAGCUUCUUUCCGGGUGACAGGGCGCUUUUUUGGACAUCACAAGGCGGUUAACUUGUUCGUCAAAUCCAAACUACACACACUAAUAUCCUUGGUGUGAAUCUGUGGGUCCAGGUGAGCUCUGACAGAUACAGCAUCUGCAUUGUUGCUAAUGGAGUUGGAUCUGAUAGUUGUGGGUUGCCCCCCAGUUGGUAGUAGACUUUGACGGAUGGACUUGGUGGAGACGCGGAGCCACUUAGUAGUUUUGAACUACAUAGUAUGCGGUAGUACCAUUUCUUAGUUUUGAGCCUUAAUUGAAUUUGUUCAUCUCACC